AUGGGCUCUCUCGCUCUCAUCUACGACGUUGCAGCCGAUGCACGUGUUAUCACCACCGCGACCGACUCUCAGUGGAUAUCCCGCGGCUCAGCAACGGUCGAUCUGGAGCGAGUCGACCCAGGCAAACGUCUCUCUGCGGCUAUUACUCGCCUCUCCGAUGUCCUCACCGGCUGGCCGAAUGCCGAUCUCCCGUGGCUGGGACAUGGACCUCGCUCGCUCCUCGAAGGCAUAGAUGACCCUCUGUGGUGCGUCGUCCCAGAGGUUCCCCAGGACGCUGUCACCAUAAGCGGCGAUCGGCACUGCGCCACGACCGAAUGGAAGACCCGCAUAGACCAGCUGGGUACGUGCGCGACAGGCGCGUGCUUCGAAAUCAUUAAGAGUCUUCCCUCGGUCUUCGUGCGGAGGAUCGGCGGACGCGACGUUCCCUAUCAGCCGUUCGAGUACGACGAGGAUGUUACUUACGCGACCGACUUCGACACCCGAGCGGAAGCGCUCAGCUUCCUGACCACAGUGGGCGAUGAAGUCUUCGCCAAUCUCGCCUUCCUAGCCUGGGCGACGUCCUGCAUCCCUCGGUGGGAACCGCUGGUCCUGGGCAGCACCGCCGAGUUCAUCAAGAGCCUCCGCCUCCACGACCGGGCGAAGCGGGGCUAUCUGUUCGACCCCAAGAUUGACUGGGUCAACAUGAACUUACGCUUCCUCCUCAAGGCUCACGUCCCCUUCCACUACCUCUGGUCGCCCGAGGCAGCCGGCAUCCCUCGCCUCAAGAUGCUGGACCCUUCCUUCAUCCUCUUUGUGCGUCGAUCGAAGCGGGAGCUGGGCCGCUGCCCAUCAAAGGAAGAGGUUGCCAACCAGUAUCCCGGAGGCGGAGCGCUGACAAGCUUUGACGAGCACUUCCAAGAGCUUGACGAUCAGCAUCCGCAGCCGCUAGCGGGGGCGCUUGAGCCGCGUACUUAUCAGGUCCAACUGUUCGAGAACUGGUUCCCCUACGAGCUUCGUGGCGUAGACGUGUUGCAACAGGCACUCUCGCGCUGCUUGUCGAGCCUCGCGAACUUUUGCGUUGAGAAGGAGCACGUACCGGUGUGUAUCUACGGGUGGACGGGUGACUCGCUCUACCGCGCGACGAGCACGAAGGAACGGCUUGAGUUCUUCCGACUCCCCUUAACGUUGAUGGAGUGCGGCGAGGUCGACCUUCGCGAGCUCAAGCAACUCUCGUGCGCACCGUCCUCGGCGGAGAUGCGCGUUCCCGAGGAGAAAGACCGCUUGGCGCUGCGCGAGCCGCAGAUUCUGGUCGUCGAACGCCACUGGACCGACGUCACGAGCUCGUGGUUUGGGCUCGCCCCUCGAACGGCUUCGCCAACGCGUCCUACGUCCCCGGCUCCUUCUCGCGAGCUCAAAAUACGCCCUCGUGCGCCACGCAAGGCUAGAGAGCGCGACGAGUCGAGGCGCCCCUCGCUAGCGGAACGGCUCUCUUCCCCUACAGCGGGGCCUCCAGCCAGGCGAAACCCCGGAUCUCUACUCGAGCGCAUCGGCCCUCCUGUCUCUUCCGUCGCCGACGAGCCUGCUGAAGGAGGUAUGGAUUGGGAACCCACGGUCAGCACUCCCGAGCCAGCAAGGAAUCCCGCGCCGUCGAGCAGCUCAGCGCCAGCGAGGAACCUGGCAUCGGCAAGGAAUCUCGCGCCGUCGGGAGGAAGAGGCGCCAGAACGAGCUCUAGCUCUUCCCUCUCGUCACGCCAGCGCAGCGCCUCUCCUCCUCGCGGGCGUCCUUCGGGUCUCCCGGCGCGACUGAGCGACCCCGACAUCAUCUCCCUUCCGGACCCAUCGUCUCGAGCGGCAGUCGUCACGCGUGCGAACUCGCGCCAAUGGAGGGCGUCCCGGCAGCUAGUCCGCUCCGAUCUCGCCGCCCUGGAUUCGAAGAUGUCCCCUCGUCCUUGCGUCGCCGCCGUUAAGAAGCUCGUCGACACCAUUCCUUGGUCUCGGGAGGUAGCCCGUCACGGCUACAUCGAUGUCGGCUCGCCCGCCGACCAGGUGCGUCUCUACGCGUGGGGGGCGAGCGAGUCGGCGCGCGAUCCAGUCAUCGACAUCCUCGGACGCGUGCUGUGCUCCGGUGUCGAGGCGCGCUUGGGCCUGUCUACAAGGCUCUUCAACACCGAAGCGGUGGAAGCCUCGUUCCAGCGGCAGUCAGGUCAGUCGGUAGGAACCCUGGAGUACGGGCUAGGCGGCCGCGACUUGACGGAAGCGUACAUGACUCAGAUAGAAGAUCUCGCGAAGCGCGCUCACGCCGGCUGCUUCGCCUUCCUUGGGGGGCCGGCGGGCUACGCUGUUCGGCGAUUCGUCUGGCACCUUGUGGUCAAGAAGAUAGGCCAGGGCCCAUGCGAGGACACCCGCGUUCACCAGACCGGCAAUCGCAUGUAUGCUGGCGACGGCGCAAUCGCGUACUACGACGAAGCCAGCACGCCUGAGAUCCACGCCUUCAACGGGCGAGUGCGCAUCCCGGCUGAUGGAACACGUCCCGAGAUGAUUCAGUACUUCUUCCCGACUCAGGACGCAUACCACGAACGAGACGGACGUGGCUACGGAUGGGCGGAGAACAUCAAGAAUGGCCGUGUCAGCCUCAAGACGGAGGGCGACUGGAAGCGCGUCUUCAAGGAUCGCCAUCGCGCUGCUCAGACCGCCGGCCGCGACUACGAGUACCGCAACCGCUUGCGCGAGCGCGACGCCUCGCGCUGGGCGUCCUAUCUCAACGACAUGCACGGCCUUAACAUGAGCUCCGUCCGCCGCGUCGACACUCUCCUCAACACCCUCGAGCCGCGCUUCUUCCGCGAAUGGCUUGUUGAUCGCUCAUACUUCCGCCGUACGACUUUGCAGGACAUGGGUCUGCGUGUCCAACUCAUGCACCCUCCCGGCGACCACUGCAUCGCUCCCGCUAGUGCCGACAAGGACUUUACGGUCAUUCAUCACAAUGGAAUCCACCGCGUCUCCGUCGACUUCUGCCACUGUGGGCGCGGACAAGGCGUGCACCACCGUCAACAACUAAUGCGGAAUGGCUGGUGGCCCGCAAGCGUAGCGAAUCCACAGACGUGCGCGACGAUCGACUGCCUUCGUCAAUUCCACAAGAUCAACAACCUCAGCAAGGUCGCCGUCUAUGAAUACUACCGGGCGCUGCAGCAGUUGACGGAUAACACGGGUGCAAACACGGUCAUCAUACAGGACAAACGGCGUGUAUUCAUGUUCAUCAUUCGGCAGUUUCGGCACAUCCUACUGCUGAAGCGCGCUGGGCGAGGGCAUUUUGCGGAUGGCGUUGCAACAACGCAAGACGGUCAACUUGCUCUUCGAUGUCCCGCAUGUCCCCAACCUGGCCGCAACCUUCCCGACGACUGGCAAUCGGCCCCUGCCGCGGAUAAAUUUCUCUACAGGCUAUUCAUCGCAGAGGACGCCAACUUCCGCCUCGUCAACGCGAAUGCGUCCAGCUUUGCCAAGGAUCCCUUCCUCGGUGACGGAUGGGGGUACUUUGUUGCUCAUCCCGACUAUAUGGCGUACAUCAAGCAGUAUAUUCACGAGUCCGACAUAUCAACCUGCUCCGGCUUUGCCGCUAUCUUUCUCGCCAAUCUCAAGCGGGUCGCAGGCCUCCGGACGACAGGUGUCGCCUCGAUCUGCUGCUCGCGCCACAAUCUCAUCCGCGCUAACGGUGUUGGUGACCUGCAAAAGGGGGAAAGAUUUGCUAACAUGACUUAUGUACUGGCUGCCGCUAUCAAGGGCGCAGGCGUCACGGAUGUUCUACAUACGUAUGAUGUUGCGUGCAUAUUCUCGGCAAACCUCUGGGCUCGCAACGCGACGUUGCCGCCCUCGAUGCAGAUCACAAUCGCCCCCAGCAACUUCACCUCACGCGUGCCAAAAUUCCACCUCCCUGCACACAAGCCCGAUUGCCAUGCACGUCAAGCGCUCAAUUUCACGGACGGCGCAGGCCUCACGCACGGCGAGACGGUGGAGCAGAACUGGUCCAUUAUGAAUAAGGCGGCAGCUCAGACGAAACCGAUGGGUCCCGGUACUCGACAAGGCACCCUCGAAGACAUGAUUGGAUGCCUCAAUAAGUCCUGUAUCGAUGGCUUAGAAACUGUCAUGCCGUCGCGCAUGCGCAAAGCGAUCAAGGGCUAUGCUAUUGCUCAACCCGAGCACGAGCAGCUUCACGCCGGCCUCAUGUCCGUCAGCGCCGAGACGGUCGAGAAGUGGCUUGCAGACGAGCGCGUUUGGCAAGAAGACAGGUCCAAGCCAUGUCCCUAUGAGUACAACACCCAUCACAAGAAGCUGAAGGAGGUCGAGCUCGAGCUCGAGCGCGAGGAGAAUGAGUCUACGGCAGAUGGCACGGCCGUAGUAUUCGAGUGCACACCGAGCUCCAUGGUCAAGCUCGGGCUCGACAUCCAGGGUACACAACGUCUUCUAUCAAUCGAUAAGGUCGCUCAGAAGAACCCGACGCCUGCGCAGGAGGUCGACUUGUUGAAGCGCUCGCGGAACUUGAAGAAACGAAUUGCGGCCUUCCGACGGAAACAGCACAUAUACAUGCCUGGGCUCGUGUCGUAUCUCGAGGGCAUUGGACGCGUCUUAGCUGACGACGGCGAAGACGCAGAAAGCAUCCGACUGUUCUUACCCUCCGAUCUGCCGAAUAUCGCCGUGCGUGCAGCCGUCUGCGCCCCCGGGCUGGCUCGCAUCGAGGAGCGCCUGCGAGACGGCGAGGCUCACGAGAGUCUCGAGGAAGUUCGCCAUGCCCUGCGAGCACGCACCGUCACGAAUACGUUCCGAAACACCCAGGUUCGCGGCCAGCCCAUGAGUACGCGUGCACGGUCGACUUUCGACAAGAUCUCCAAGCGCGUCCAUAGCGCCAAGAUACGGUACCGCGACUCGCGCAAUGCGCUUCUACGUCUUCGAGGACAUGGCGACUGGGAGUCGACCCUUCGAUAUCUCGAUGACGGCGAUGUUCGUGCUCUUAACGAGCGCGCUCUGACGGCAGAGGAGAAGGCGGAGGGCGAGCGCACGCAUGAGAUGUCCGCCGUUGAUUUCUCAUCCGAAGGAGGCGUGUACAUAGCAGGGACGAUAGCUCGAGGCGAGACGUCCCGAACAUUGUCCUGGAUAUGGUACUCGGUGCCGCAGAACCCCAGCCUUAGGGAUCCGGUGCAGAAUGAAGCUCUACGUGUCGAAUACCUGAAGUCUCGGGCGCGUCGUGACAGGCAUCGUGAAGAGAUUCGCUUGCUUGAGGAGGAGAUGCGUCGCACGCUUGCGGCGUUUACUACCGACGCCCUGGAGUGGGAGCAACGGGCGUCGAGACACACCACCGUCGACGACGAGCUCGCCGAGGGCCUGGUGUCAUACGCGAUGGAGCAGGCGUCCAUCGCCCGCUCUCGCGCAGCGCGAUAUCGCUUGAAAUGGGAGGCAGUACGGGCGCAAGGGCAGAAGGCAUUGGUACACGAUUUCGACGGUAUACAUGCGCUACCCGAUGCGGACACAAUCCGCGAGCUACAAGAACUCGUCGAGACUCCCACUGCCGACGAAAUGGACGACGAUGACACCAUAUAG